AUGAACAAUCAAACUGAAUGUACAAAAAAGAUUACUAAAAUUUCUAUCAAUAGAUAUAAAAACAUAUAUAAUACAACUCAUGCGAUUAUUGUUUAUAAGAGUGUUAAGAAUGAUACUAGUCAGGUUGAUAUUACCAAAAAAGUAGGCAUAAGCAAAGACAUAGUAAAGUGUGUUCUUCAGAGCUACAAAAAAACUGGCUCACAUAUGGCUGUACCACGACCUGGCAGAUCUUUAAAAUUAAAUGAGAGAGACAAAAGAGAAAUUAUGCUUCAGAUUAAUCAUGAUCCAACACAGCCAAUGAGUACUAUUGCUAGAACCUUGUCCACACCAGUUCCUGUAAAGACUUUGAGAAAGUUUUUUCACAAGGCUGGAAUAUACUCUCAAAAGAUGAUUCUGAAACCAAAGAUUUUGGAAAUCAAUCAUAAAAAUGUCGGUGUUACAAUUAUGACAUCAACUACUACACUAUCUCAAUAUGAAUAUGUUCUUAUAUGUGAUAAAUCCAACACCCGAGUGUCUGGAUCACCACAAAACAUCUGCACUGGAAAACAACAGAUUGGAAUUCCAUCAUCUGAUCUGAUGAGUCAAAGAUCCAGCUCCACGGAAGUGAUGGGCACUGGUGUUUUCUCAGGCCAAAUGGCAAGGGCUUUAAGCCCAACUUCGUCUCAUCAAUUGUGA